AUGCUCGCGGCGGGAGGAAGCCGAGGAGGGGUUCCCUGCGCCGCCGCGCCCGCGCUCGUGGCGGUGGCGCUCCUGGCCCUCAGCGCCGUCGCCGCCGCCGACUUCUUCUCCCCUCUCGCCCCCAUCUUCUCCCCCGUCACCAACUCCAUAUGCAGCACGGUGGCCUGCGGGCAGGGCAACUGCACGGUGGCGCCGGGCACGCUGGGCUACCGCUGCGACUGCCGCCCGGGCUGGACGCAGCUCCACGUCGGCGACAGCCUCAGGUUCCUGCCCUGCGUCAUCCCCAACUGUUCCAUUGACAGCUCAUGUUCCAGUGGUUCACCAGCACCAGCACCUGCACUAGCCCUGAGGCCUUUGCCAGCACCUAAAAACUUCUCACUCGACCCUUGUGAACUAGCAUACUGUGGCGCCGGAAGCACAUGUAGGAAGAAUGGCUCUGGUCUCAGCUACCACUGUGAGUGCAAGGAGGGUUACAGCAACCUUCUCAACAUGACCAUGAUGCCUUGCUUUCAGAACUGUUCCUUCGGCCCAGAUUGCGCAAGCAUAGGUAUUCAUCCCUCCUCAAACAGCCCUCCUGCACCACCUGGCUCUGAGAGCAUUUCUAACCAAGGCGAUGCAGCAGCACCAGGAUCCAUUUCACAGCAAAUUCUACUCCCACUGCUGGUGGUGAUCUCACUGGCCGUCGUGUAG